AACAAAUUUGUACGGACUGGUCAAGAACCAAGUUCUUCUUCUCCGCUCCGAACGUUUGAUUCCCCCGAGUCAAAUGUGAUAUUUGCCGCAGACAUUUGCCUCAUUUUCAUGGACAGAAGAUCCGGAGAUCUGAUGUGGAAUCUCCUCUGAACCUGGUGCAGCUUAGACCAAGAGUUUGGGCCAUGACUCCGCCCUCUGUGCAGAUGCUCAUGACUCCUCCCUCUGUGCAGAUGCUCAUGGCUCCGCCCUCUUACUCCGCCCUCUGUGGAGCUCAGGAUGCCCCCCCCCGCCCCCGUCUUAAGCCGCGCUGCCAUCUGUCAGCUCCGCCCAUCAUUGGCUGAAGGAGAUGCACAGAGGCAGAGCUCGCCACGUGAUUGGCUUUCCAGGCUGCAUGGAAGAUGGGGGGGCGGGGCCUUUUGAUUGACUGGAUUCAUUGGAAAGGGGGGGGCUUAUUGGGGAAGAGGAGGAGCCGAGCGAAGAGUUAACCCACAAGGAGCUGUCAGUGCUGCAGACAACAAGUGUUCAGAGGAAGAGGAGGACGAAGGACGGAGACGGCAGGUCACCCUAAGACGAGGGGGGGGCUGAGGGGGGGUUGCCAUGGAAACGCAGGGGAUGUUGCUGCUGCUGCUGAGGGAAAAGAGGACACAGGUUUUGGUUCUGUUUUGCACCUGAAGGAUGGACCUGGUGCUUCAGUCCUGCCUUUGACCCUCAUCCAAGACUCCUUACUGUGCUCAGAUGCAGGAGGUUACACAAAUCUAAAACCCUAAUAAUACCCAAUCACUGAAGAGACAGACAUGUCUCAGGCAGGCAAAGUCCUUCACCUCUACGUGGAAGUGAGAUCGGUGUCAGAGGAGGAGCAGAGGGGAUUGGGUAGAGGAGAAGAUGGGUCCGCCCACCUAAUGUUGCCGUGUCCAGACACCCUUGCUCCUUCUCAGAGGAGCUCUGCUCGCUGCAGUCCCACCCGGAGUCCAGCUCUAUCCCCUGUCAGCCAGCGUCACAUGGGGGUUGGAAACCACAAUUUACUGCCCUCAAAGUCUUCCCUGAGACACUCCGUAGACUACAGUGUCGGUCCCGCCACGUCCCCUACCCAACGGCAGGAUGUGUUGUACGAAAGUGUUGGUCAGCUACUGGAGAUCCUUGCUCCCAAAACAUCCGGUUCCUGCUCUCAUGGCUCACAUGGACGAACCAGUUCUUCUGAGGUGGAUCCCUUCUCUGGCAGGGUGCCCAUCUCCCCAUCGUCCACACACUCCAGCAGGCUCAGUAUGACCCCCAGCCCCAACGAUAUCUGCAGUUCCUACGAGGUCCUCGAUGGUGUGGACGGUGCAGGGAAGACAUCUGUUGUUUCCUUUGGAUACAUAGAUAAGGCCAGUGUUCGUAGCAACGCUGAACUUCGUAAUUCAGUGUGCCUAAACGUAUCGGACUGUAUGCAAAGCAGACGAGAGGGGCAGCAGGUUCCUGCUCGUAUCAUGAAGAGGAUGAGUGACCCAGUGUGGCUCCAUGAUCACCCUCUAGAGGGCGGCACCUUCCACAGGCACCACCGUACCCCAAGAGAAUCCCCUUGGGGUUCACCGAACGUACAGAGAGGUACCGUGGAGGCAGUUGCAAGAGAUGCCACCAACAAGGCCUUAGACGAGUUUGGAUCGCCAGAACUCAAGCGGAGGUUUGCAAAAAACUACAGUCCCACUCUGCCUCAUCAUCACUCGUCUCCUCGCUGCCGUUCUUUGGGAGGAUCGCCCGUCCUGUCCCGUAGUACCCUCACCCUGCCAUGCAAGACCCAACUCCAGGAGCUCGACCGGAAGAUCUGUCAUAGCUCGAUGAACGGACUACCCAGAAGUCCUGCCUCUGACCACCUGUGUGCCCAGACUGGUUUCAUUCUGCAUUCAGAUGCUCCAAACUCAACCUUCCACUCUCAUAGACCGGCACACAGCCAACAGAGGCCGUGGAUGGGAGAUGAGAGUCCCAGGUUGUCCAGCAAGUUCCACCCACCUUUACCAGCAGGUCGACCUACAGACAUCCAGCAUGAGGUUCCAGCCAGCAUGUUUUCCUACCAGCCUGGAAGCCCACACCUCAACGCGAACGCUUCACAUUACGCAACAGAUGGCUCAUGGUGUCGUACUAAUGACGUAGUUGAUGCGACCGUCCACAAGCCGUCCCGUUGCAGCAGCAGAGCCAGCGAUGCUGACAGCUGGAUCAGUGACCGGACCAGUGCCUCGCCAUCUUCAAACCCUGAGCACGACUGCAAGCUGGCUGUGGGAGCCAGCAAGUACUCCAGAGCGUAUGCAGGAAAGCAGACGCCGUCUCCCACGCCGUCUCCAGCGGAGUCUCUGAGGUCUGAGAGCCCCCGGAGUUCAUCGAGAGAGUCUCGACUUUACGGCUCUCCCCAUCGUUACGACUCUGUUGAGCAUCUGCAGGUCGACCACCAACACUGCAACACAGAAAAACUGCAGACGAAACCUGGAUCCAUUUCUCCUCUGGUGUCCCACAGAGGACACUCCACUCCAGCAUCUCCUGCCAUCGCGGCCAGGUGCAACCAUGCACCUGUCUCUCAGGUAUCAGCGCAACAGAAGCAGACUUCACCCACCAAGGAGAUGUCUUUGCACCGCUGCCAGCCCCCACAGUCCACGGGAGCCCUCAGGUCUCCUCACACUGACCGCUGGCAGUACAACCACCUCUUUGACGCUUCACAGAUCAGGACACAACUGACCUGUCAGAAUCCUGAAGGUCUGCCUGGGAGCUGGACCUCCAGAGGAGCCAGAGCGGUGCAGGACGGAGGGGACACGUGUGGAGAAAACAUCAGCCGGAAGUCAUCAAGACCGUCCGGACCAGAGGAGAGCCAUAAGAGGGACAGAGCACUGUUGGAGCUGGACACCCAUCGGUCUCAGAACCAAAGCGGACUUACUCGGAUGUCCUCUCAGAGCUCCAGCGGGGCCACAGGCAGCCUGUCCCCUGAAACCUGGAGCCAGUCGAGCCACGCCGCCGCCCACAGCGGCUCUGGAAUGCAGACAGGAGGGGACACGGCGUCCAUCCCGCCCUCGCGGUCGCAGAAGAUCGCUCGUGCAAAGUGGGAGUUUCUGUUUGGGGGCAAGUCGGAGGACAGUCGCUGCAGAAAAGAAGCUCCGCCCACAACGCCUCCAACCAGCAGCCCGCCCAGCCCUCCCUCCUCCCUCAGUCAGGGCCCGGCCUGUCCGAGGAGGGGGUGGGACGGCGAGGGCCCGAAGCUGUCGCAUCACGCCGUCCGUCAGGUGGAGGUGGAGCUGGUGACCCCCCAUCCCAGAGGCGCUGCCCUGAAGACGGGUAUCAUCCGACGCGCCAUCAAAUACUCCGAGACGGACCUGGACGCCGUGCCGCUGCGCUGCUACAGGGAGACGGACCUGGACGAGGUGAUGCGGGCGGAGUCUGAGGCACCUGAGGAGGCGGACUCGGCCUUUGGAAGCAACCGCAGCGUUUUGGAAAGCUCCAGCUUCACUCCCUCCAACGCCUCCCCCAAAGCCCACACUGGAGAACGAGAGGAAAAUGGGGAGGAGGAGGAGGGAGAGGAGGAGGAAGAGGAGGAGGGGGUGGCGAGCUGGGCCAGCGUGAGGAUGCUGGGAGACCGGCGGAGACAGAGAGCGGCCAAGGAGGAGGAGGAGGUGUUCAGCCUGCUGCUGAGGGGCAGCUCCUUGGAGCCGUCGUCCGACACCCACGGGGGCCUGAAGUCUCCCAUCUCAGUGGGAAGCCCCCGCAGACCCUCCGAAUCCAACAUGGACUCCUUCAGCCGCCACUUCGAGAGCAUCAUGGAGUCCCACAGGGCCAAAGGGACGUCCUACAGCAGCCUGGACAGCGUGGACCUGCUGACCUCCGGCUCCACGUCGGUGUUCACCUUUGACCUGCCAACGCUCACCCCAGAGAUCCAGAGUCAGAUCUGUGAGAGCGCCAAGCAGAUCAGUGAGCUGAGCUUCGCCCCGCUGGCCCACUCCGAUGGAUCCACCCCCUCAGAGAUGUCCCGCUCCGAAAUCAGCCUUAAUGUCGCCGAGACGGACCUCAGAGCCGGCUCCAAGGUCAACGCGGGCCUUCCAGUCCGGUCCAAGUCAGAGAAGGAGACGUGGCGCCGCUCCAUCCUCAAAGACGGCUUCAGGAAGGCCAGCUCUGUCCCGGCGCUCCACAGCGGACCGAGGGAGCGCGCGGUGAACCGGCCGCUCGAGCUGCUGUACCCGCAGGACGACGUGGCGGAGCGUCUGGCCCUCGGCGGCAGCGACGACGCCCUGGCCAAUGGGCUGAAGCCGGACCUGCAGGCCGCCAAUCGGCUGGCCAGACGUCUCUACAACCUGGAUGGCUUCAGGAAGUCGGAUGUGGCGCGGCACCUGGGCAAGAAUAACGAGUUCAGCCAGAUGGUGGCAGAAGAGUAUCUGAGUUGCUUCAACUUCAAAGGUCUGACCAUCGACCAGGCGCUCAGGUUGUUUCUGUCCCACUUUGCCUUGAUGGGAGAAACUCAGGAGCGGGAGCGAGUCCUCGCCCAUUUCUCCAGGAGAUACAAACUCUGCAACCCGGACAGUCUGUCCACGGAAGACAGCAUCCACACUCUGACGUGUGCCGUCAUGUUGCUGAACACGGAUCUCCAUGGAAACAACGUGGGCAAGAGGAUGUCCUGCACGCAGUUCAUCUCCAACCUGGAAGGACUCAACGACGGAAAAGACUUUCCCAAAGAGCUGCUGAAGAUCCUGUACAGCUCCAUCAAGAACGAGAAGCUGCAGUGGACCAUAGACGAGGAGGAGCUGCGGAAGUCCAUCUCGGAGCUGGCAGAGUCCCGGACAGACUCCGCCUCCCACACCAUGAAGCGGCUGGGGAGUGGAGGAAACCCUCUGGUGGGCGUCGCCCAACAAGCUGACGGCGAGCUUUACAUGAGCGGCUUCCUCGUUCGCAAAGUCCACGCAGACCCGGACGGGAAAAGAACGCCGCGGGGGAAGCGGGGCUGGAAGUCGUUCUACGCCAUGCUGAAGGGGCUGGUGCUGUACCUGCAGAAGGACGAGUACCGCACCGAGCGCGAGCUGACGGAGGAGGACGUGAAGAACGCCGUGUCCGUGCAUCAUUCUCUGGCCAUGCGGGCGGUCGAUUACAGCAAGAGGCCCAACGUCUUCUACCUGCGCACCGCCGACUGGAGGGUCUUCCUGUUCCAGGCGCCGAAUGCGGAGCAGAUGCAGUCCUGGAUCACGCGCAUCAACGUGGUGGCGGCCAUGUUUUCAGCUCCUCCCUUUCCGGCGGCGAUCGGCUCGCAGAAACGCUUCAGCCGCCCGCUGCUGCCGGGCUCCGGGACCAAACUGUCUCAGGAGGAACAGGCCAAGUCCCACGAGAACCGGUUCAGAGCGGUCUCCUCCGAGCUGCUGGAACUGACCACGGCCACGCCCGACCGCAAGGUUAAAGGUCGCGAGCUGGAGGAGCAGAAACUCCGCAGGGAGUACCUGGAGUUUGAGAAAACCCGCUAUGGUACUUACGCCAUGCUGCUGCGAGCGAAGCUGACCAGCGGCGCCGAGGGUCUGCAGGCGUUCGAGUCGCAGCUGUUGGACGAGGGCGGCCUGCAGAGGGCGCACUCCAGCCCCACGCUGCCGCAGGACGUCGCCAACAAGGAGAAGAUCCGCGGGACGAAGACGUCCAAGAGCCUGAAGGUCACGCCCUCGUCCCGCAGCGGCGGGGGCAGCGAGGGGGGGCGGAGGAAGAACGGCAGCCAGCGGGCGGAGAUCCAGAAGCAGAGCAGCAAGCAGGAGGAGGCGGCUUGAACGGCGGCGGCGGCAAAGGACCGCCUCCUUCUGUCCACCCCUCAGCUGCCUCCUGAUUGGCUGAGGAGCUUUUCUUUUUGCUGAGGUCAGCUGGAGAAGAGGAUUUUGUCACAAUAAGAGCUCCUUCCUGCUUCCAGGCCUUUAUUGUGAAAGGACAAACAGGAAGCGCUCAGCACCUUCAGGGAACCAACUCUUUGUAGGACAUUUGAUUCCGCUCGCCGCAGACUGACUUCCCACUGCUGCGGGCGGGCGGGUUGGCAUGCCGACAGGAGUGUGUGGGCCGGUUGCCACGGCGAUGGAGCCAAGAGAAGGGAGGGGCAAGGACUGCAGGGUCAGAACACCCCCGCCACAGCAAACAAACAGAGACGGGAACAGACCUCCUCCUCCACACGUCUGCGUGUCCGAGCGUUCCCGCUCAAACGAGCAGGAAGAGCAGAGGACUGACGUAAACGUAGCUUUUUUUUUAGGGUGAAAUUAAACUUAAGAGUUUUUGUGUUUGCAAGGACGAGUGAAACGUCAUAUUGUUUUCUAAACUCGUUCCUUCAGGAGAGUUAAAGGUGUUCAGUGUGCAAUAAAUAAUCAAUCAGAGACCAGACUUUCAAAAUAAAACUCAUGCUGGUUUUUAUUUUUGGAACAAAAUUAAACUUUUCUGUAUUUAUUUUAUUUUUCUCAGUGAUGAACAUUGAGAAACAAUGUUUUGUUUCCAACAUUCCGACCCCAAAACUUCUGUUUCUGUGUUUUUGUAGCUCCGCCUUUUUGGUUGUGUUGUCAAAGUGGGUUUCCGUUACCUCCAGAACCUCACAGAUCCUCAUUUUAGAACAUCAAAGAUCGUUGUGACGGUCUCAUCACUAAAGGACACAGUGACCCCUAGCUGCUGAAUGUGGGACUGCAGCUGCGCAGCUUUGUGGUUGAUCUGUUUGCUCUAGUGUGACGUUCUUCAAUCAUCUCCGGUCGAGGUCAUGUGACCUGGGCGGGGUCACUGCUUCACUGUGGAGUGUUUAGUUUUUGUGUUUGAGUGCAGUUCCUUCUGCUGCCACCAGGGUGGUCGACCGUUUGUCCACAGACAGUCUGGAGGUCGAGGAGUGACAUCACGCCACCCAUCAGCUGCAGUGGGCGGGGCUCUUCUGUGGUUUGUUAGUGACAAUCUGGAGGUUCUGACCAGACGCUCUGCAGGGGGAGUGACGGUACGGAGGAUUAUUUUCAGUGAUCCAGAUUCUGGUGGAUCAAAGGAACUAUAAGAAGUGCUGGACCAAUCAGGGAUCAGAACCUGUUGGGAGCUGAUUGUGAUGCAUUCUGGGUCAGUCUGACCGCUGCGUUCCAUCAAUCUUAAAUUGACAAUUCUCAAAAGGAACUUGAGUUUUGUUGGACCUCAGUCUGCCAGUUGGACCAGUUUGCGGCUCCACAGCGCCCCCCGCUGAGCGUCGGUGAUCCAUUUCCUCCAGAACCUCCAUGUGUUCUGAUGUUCUGAGCCGGGUUUCAGGUGUUUGUCGCUGCUGUAAAUAAAGUUUGUGAAUCCGCAGGAAAGCAGAGCAGCAGCUUUUGUUUUGCUUUAGAUGAUAACUUGAUCCGCGUUUGGCUUCGCUGUACAAACGCCACUUCCUGUUUGGUCGGCGCAGAGAAACACCGUGUUGGGCUUGUAAACACAAAUAAAAACAUUUUGGAAAAACA